GAUUGUUUGUCAUUCCAGAAAAUUUCAAACACAAAAAGAAUGUGUCCACGUAGGAACAUCGGAACAAGAAUAUGCAACAAAAGUAGGGAGAAGAGAGAGAAAAAGAGACUGUGUGUGGUGUGAGAUCCAAACUUGCUUUCAUGGUUAUGGCCACCGUGUGUUGUCGCUGCUUAAUUCUCGCCAUUUCGCCAAUGUCGCUUUUCCGAAGCAGAAAUUGAACCUUCAUGUGUGGUUUUGUGGCUCACAACUUGGUCUGAAAUACUCAUCAGUUUGUCAUGGACUAUUGGCCCUUCUAAAGAGUUGAAGAUUGAUUGGUUUGUAUAUGCACAGCUAGACAAACUUAGAAAAAGCGGGUAUUUUAUGUUUUGUUGUCGAUGAAUGCAUUGAUUCUGUGUUUAAUUGCUAGAAGAUGAGAUCCUCCUCUCUUCAGUUGUGAGAGACUGUACAUGAUUUCUUGCUGCCGUUCAGUAUCCUUAAAUAUAUGUCCUUUGUUUUGUUUAUCUUUGAUAUGGUAUUUGACCGUUGAGAAUAGAGAACUAGGGUGUCAGUAGAAAGAAGGAAUUAGACACGAAUUUGUUGGUUAGUCAGAUGUUUACACUUUUGGCUUGUUACUAUACCGGCACUAUGAAAAGAGUUAGUUACGAGAGACGAUGAGAAAAGGGCACUAUAUAAGACAGGAACCAUGUUAGGUACCAAUAUUGGUAAGGAUCCUAGCAUGUUUCCUCAACAUGCCCAACAAGAUCUAUCUGGUAGUGUUUCAAGUACAGGGCAUCAUGUGCAAAAUAAUAUCACUAUGGAGGCAGGGGAAGAAUUUUACGUGAAUGUUGGUCGUGAUGGAAUUGCUGCUGGAAGGGUUCUUGUUUCACCAGAUAUACCACGAAAUCAUGAGAAUGUGUUUGGUUUGACUAGAGAGAAUGGCAAUGUGAGAUAUGAAGAUCUUACUAACAUUUUGGGGCUGAGGAGAAUGAACUCUGAGAAUUCUUCUGAUAUAUCUGACUUUUUAUCUUUAAAACAGUCAGUACAGGAGAUGGAAAAUGGAGCUUCUGUAAACAUUUCAAACAAAAUUCAAAAGGGUGAUGGUAUGUUGAGGAAGGCUGUUCAAGAACCAGUGGGUGACCAGUCUGGUCUCGCAGUUGUAUCACCACUUUGUAGAUAUGAAGCUUCUCAGUCCAAUGGAUUUUCUGGUUCAGGAGUCGUAGAUGAUUUUCUGUCUGGGAAAAUGAAGUUUCUGUGCAGUUUUGGUGGAAAAAUAUUUCCAAGACCCAGUGAUGGGAAACUCAGAUAUGUAGGGGGAGAGACCCACAUCAUAUCUAUCCAAAAGGAUAUGGCGUGGCAAGAGCUUAUGCAGAAGACCUUGGGCAUUUGCAAUCAACCUCACACAAUAAAGUACCAGCUUCCAGGAGAGGAUCUUGAUGCUCUAAUAUCUGUUUCCUCUGAUGAAGAUCUUCAAAAUAUGAAAGAGGAAUACCAUGGGCUUGAAAGGCAUGAACGUUCUCAAAAACUUAGAAUUUUUUUAGUUCCUUUGGGUGAAUCCGAAGAGACAUCAUCAACAGAGGUGAAUGCUGUUCAACAGAAUGAUCCUGAUUACCAAUAUGUUGUUGCUGUAAAUGGUAUGGGAGACUCUACUAUAACAAACAUCGGUGGGCAAAAUUUGACAAAUGCAUCCAGUCAGUUGGGGGCAGAUUUGAACUUUACUCCAGUUCUUCCAAAAACUCCAAAUGCUUCUCCAGAUGGUCUUUUUAAUGAUUCCCUGAAUGUGAAAAGGCCCUUGUCAAUUCCUCCCGCUCCAAUUCCGAUAUCAGGUUCUAACACAGGUUAUAUACAAUUACUGGGUGACCACUCAUGUCAGGGAAGCAUUGAGAGCAAUGCAUCAUAUGCUCAGCUAUAUCCUGAGUGCUCUAAUAUCAGCACUGCUGGUUGCAUAUAUCCUCAGCACGUGAGUGACACUUGUCCUUAUCAGCAUGGUGAUGUUAUUCAGCCCAAGAAGCUCAAUGGAGGUCCUAGCAAGGAAUUAGUGACUCCUGUUUAUGUUAAUCCCAGAGAUGAAUUUUUUGGUGGAAGGUCCUUGCAAAGGGAAAGGGUCUUCUCUAAAACUCCCCUUUCAUUGUUGGAUGAUGUAAUUUGUCGACAGGGUGAAUCUUAUGGAAUUACAGACUCCCCUCAUGGGAUGCCCCAUGCCUUUUCUGAUCCACAGUUGCUACGAAGUGGAGCAAAGUCUGGUUACUGCUCCCAAAAUGGAAAUGGUCAAUCUUUCUCCCUGAACCUUGAAAAGGGUCAAAUAUCUUCAUUGUUAAUCCCUAGUGUCUCACGGGUGAAAGUCACGGAGCAUCCGCAUGAUUCUUUUGUCCAUCAUCCUCAAAUACAAAGUACGACACCAGAAGGAGAGUCAGCCCAGGCACCCAAAAGGCAAGAUUUGACAUCUUCUCCAUACUAUGAAUCCAUGGGAAUGAAUAAUCUUGUUCACAUGGAUAACACAUUAGCUGAAAAAAAGAACUCAAUUGCUCAAACUGACUUGGGUAUACACAGCUACGAUGCAAAGGAUGUUCAGGAAAAUUCUGUGAAUUUAGAAAGGAUGAAGAUAGUUGAACAAAAGAAUUUUAUUCCCAAGGAUAGCAAGGUUCAGCAGGGGAAAUCAACUGCCAUUGACAAGGGAUUUGUGACUGAGUUUCAUCUCUUGAACUCCUUCCCUGCUAAUAACUUAAAUGCUAAUAUUAAUAUGCAAAAGAAUUGGGAUCUACCUUUUGAGGGUAUUGUCCCUAUUCCAUCAGACACGAUGGAUCUCUCCUCAAAUAAUUUUUUGGAAAAGACCAUAUGUGAUUCUAACAUGAGCCAAAGGACUAGUGAGCACAAAAUCAACGCUUUGGCUAAAGGUCUGAAUGGUGUACAAGGGUUUGAUUUUUCAUUGACCAGAAAUUUUGAAUUAAAUGCUCCAAUAUUAAAUUCUGAAGUAGGUUCCAGUGAUAAAAGUUCCCGAGGAGGUUAUACUAAUAAGCUGUCCAUUCAUCCAGCUUCUCAUAAAGCUGCACAAAUCCAUCCUUCGAAGAAUCAGAUGGAUGUAGCUUUUGAAGAAAAUCCUACAGCAAGCUAUGGAAGUUUGUAUCCUGCUGCAUUUUGUGAUGAUCUUGGUCCAAGUGUAAACAUGCCUAUGAAUGGCCCUGAUAAUUCAGGCACUAUUAUGUCACUUAAAAAGGCACCACCUUUCCUUGAUGACUUCAUUACCAGCACUGGUCAAGUGGUGGAUCAGUUUAUCCCCAAACAGUCUGCCUCUGGAAUGUCAAAUGUUGAAGAUAAAGUUUCAGAACAACAAAAAAUUUUAGAAGGCUACACUGAUGUGAAUCAAGUGGAGACGUUCAAUGUAACAGACAUGACUCGUGUUGUUAGUCCUUAUAUUUCUAGUGAUAUUGGAAGUGUUGUAUCCCUAUCUCAUACAGAAGUUGGGAGCAUCAUCCCUGGGUUUGAGCCUGAGGAUUUUAAUGAAGACAAAAAUGAAUUCUUUUCUGAUGCAAUGAUAGCAGAAAUGGAGGCUAGCAUUUAUGGUUUACAGAUAAUAAGGAAUGCUGAUCUUGAAGAACUUACAGAGUUGGGUUCUGGUACUUAUGGCACUGUUUAUCAUGGAAAAUGGCGGGGAACAGAUAUUGCUAUAAAGAGAAUUAAAAAGAGUUGCUUUGUUGGAAGGUCUUCUGAGCAAGAACGGUUGGCAAAAGAUUUUUGGAGAGAAGCACAAAUCCUUUCAAAUCUUCAUCAUCCCAAUGUGGUUGCAUUUUAUGGAAUAGUACCGGAUGGGGCGGAAGGAACCUUAGCAACUGUAACAGAAUACAUGGUUAAUGGUUCCCUUAGGCAUGUCCUUGUAAAGAACAAUAGAUUACUUGAUCGCCGUAAAAAGCUAAUAAUUGCCAUGGAUGCCGCUUUCGGUAUGGAAUAUUUGCACUCAAAAAAUAUUGUCCAUUUUGAUUUGAAAUGUGACAAUUUGCUUGUGAAUCUAAGGGAUCCACAACGACCAAUAUGCAAGGUUGGAGAUUUUGGAUUAUCAAGAAUUAAACGCAAUACCCUUGUAUCUGGAGGUGUGCGAGGAACCCUUCCAUGGAUGGCACCGGAGCUGUUGAAUGGGAAUAGCAGUCGUGUUUCUGAAAAGGUUGACGUUUUCUCAUUUGGCAUCUCAAUGUGGGAGUUAUUAACAGGAGAGGAACCUUAUGCAGAUAUGCAUUGUGGCGCCAUUAUUGGAAAUCCCUGUGAGAAACUCUUCUGAAUUCAAUGUUGUUCAUUGUUAUUUGAAACUCACCAGACGAGGCGGCCAUUGAGUAUUUAUUCUAAACAAACUAUUGUUACUACUAUUAGGAUUAUUUGGUGGAUAGGAUAUAACAGAAUAUAGGAACAAGAAAACAGUAUGAUGGAAUAAGAAUAGAAUAAACUUUUAGGAACAAGAAAUCUUAUUCAAUAUUUAAUACACAUUAGACAAUAAUAUAACAUGUCAUAUUUGACUCAGGGCAGAUAGUGAUAGUUAUUGGUGGUGGUGGUUGUGAACAAUGGUCAUGACACUGGGUGGAGAGAGCGAAUAUUCUAUCUAAGAAAAACACUUUUUAUAGGAUCUGAUACAGAAUAAUACCAUAAACAAAUAAUUUCCUAUUGAUAUAUCAAAACAGUCGAUUAUAUUAGGACAAGGUUUUAUCGUAUUCUAUCUAAACCGUUGAAGGAUUUUUUAUAACUCAUUUGACGGACUUAAUAUGAUAUGAUAAGAGAAUAGAAUAUGAUAGGGAAAAGACAUAAUAUACCGAAAGUAGGUUAAGUUAUAAUCUUACUUUGUGUCUGGUGCAUAACUAAAUAAUGAUGGACAUAAAUGAAUGAGAUGAAAAAAAAAAGUUUAUAUUUUCCUUAUACUGUUACACUUUAUGAUAGGAUAUAAGGUAAUAGAUAAUGUUAGGUGUUGGAAGGUAUACGAAAGAAGAAGAAAGUAUAUGAGAGAAGAAGAAGGGCACCGAACGGUGGAAGGCGGUGAGAGAGAAGAAGAAGGGAACCGAACGGUGGAAGGAGGGGAGAGGUUGUGCCGAACGACUGAAGGCGGUGAGGGCUCUAGCCGUGGAAAGAGGUGAAGAACUGGAGUCGAUCGAUGGAAAGAGAUGAAGAACUAGAGCCGAUCGAUUGAAGAGUUACUAUCCUAACUGUUGUAGCAGUUAGGAUGGCUGGGAAAUAAUUAUAUAAAUAGAGUUAUAAGAUAGGGGAAUAUUCGGUAUAAGAUAAUUAUGGUAAAUAGAGCUAUAUUCUAGGGAAAUAUUCAGUAUAAGAUAAAUAUAGUAAAUAAAGCUAUAUUCUAGGGAAAUAUUCAGUAUAAGAUAUUUAUAGUAAAUAGAGCCAUAUUCUAGGGAAAUAUUUAAUAUAAAUAGAGCUAGAUUAUAUUGUGAGGGCUAUGCUUUUUGAUUAUUGAGUUUGUUAACAGGCGCUACAGUCGUGUGAGAGAGGUUAUACUCCCAACUAUCCUUGUUUAGAGAAUUCUAUUACCAUUAAUAAGAUAAAUUCAUUCUUUCAUUAUCUUUUCUGCCUUCUGUGAUCGUGGUUAAUUAGGUUUCUUACUCAGAAACCUAACACUUUAACCGAUGUAUUUAUAGGAUAUAAAGAGGAGGCAAGAACUUCCUAAAAAACCCUAACCCUUACAUGAAAAAAAAAUUAUAAAAUCAUUACAUUUCAACACUCUCCAUAAAAAAACUAGAGCAUAUAUAUUAUGCAACCUAGGAAGAUAUAAAUUGAAUCCCAUAUGAAGAUUGAGAAUGACAACUUCAGCCACCACAUCCUCUUCGGUUGCUACGACCUCUUCCUCUACCUCUACCUACAUCCUCUUUGGUUACUACGAUCUCUUCUUCUACCUCUACCUCUAUCUAGUGGUGCUACCAUUAUUGGUGUUUCAAUUGCAUCAGUUGAAAUUGAAAAAGUCUAGUGAUGAAGCUAUUCAUUGAAGGGAUAUUACCACCAACUAAAACUUGAUCACAUACAUGAUCAAAAUUGGAGUGUAGGCUUCUUAUAAUUGAAACCAUGUAUAGCUUAUUAAGUUUUUGUUAUGAGAGACCAUAUCAUUAUUGGUCUAUGUGUGAAAGGCUACUCUUUGAGUUGCAUCAAAGAGACAUUGAAUGCUAUCAACAAAAUGUCUUGCCUCGUUUUCCAAAAGUAUGAGCAUGUCUUAUAUGGUCAAAUAUCUUAAGGAAUCUUGUUCAACUGAUUGUCAUAAAACAUCACAUAAUUGGAAAUUCAAUUCCUCCCACAGAGGUUUCUCUUCAUCCGAAACAAUAGAGAGAUCCUUCUCUAAAUGAUCAUGGUGUCCUUGACCUAGGAACCAUAAUUCCACAAGAGCGGAUCGUGAAUCAUACUUUUUCUAGUUGAGUUUUGUCCUGGUAAUAGUAGGUGUAGUAGAAUGAGGGGAAGUGAUUCCAAAGACUUGAAGGGGGAAGGAAAAACCUUAGCUUUGAGAGGAAAAACCCUAGGUGAGAGAUAUUGCCACCAGAAUAGAAGGGAGCAGACAAAAGCCUAAAAGGCUCCUACGAGAUGAAUGACACCGGUCUGUUCUGAUUCUGGCAACACUAAGGUGGCGCGUGGAGAAGUGUCAAGACAAUUUAUAGGCAACGACCACCGGUCUUACCAUUAAUAAGAUAUACAAUGAUGAUGGUAAACAACAACAACAGUCGGUGGUGGCGACAACAAUAAGCAAACCGUGGACACGACCCGGGCCUCAUACCAACUUAAAUAAAUGAGAUAAGAAAAACAAUGUAUAUUUUGGAUCCUGAUACUUUAACAACUAAAGUUUGACAACUUUUUCACAACGCCACAUGUUAGCCAGACAUUGGUUCAUUUGAAAUAUAUUUUUUAAAUCCAAAAAAGUGACGUGGAAGGAGAGAUUAGGUUGAAAUUGCAUUUCGCGGCUUCUCCCAUUUUUCUUUUUCGAAACCCUACGCACUCUCCGCUAUCUCCCUUCUCUCUGCGGUUUGUGUAUCUUCUCUUUGUUUUCCGUCGAUUUGUCCACCACUGAGGAAAGCUUUCCCCUUUCUUCCACCACUUUCGGCGUGGCGACGUUCUCCUUUAUCCUUUGGGUGGUUUGUGUUUCGAUACCCACUUUCCUCUUCCCUUUUUGUGUUGUGUGUUGUGAAAUGGAGAAAUCUGAUGAAUGUGGUCAUGGCAGCAAGGUAUGUGUCUGUUGUUGGAAAACCCCUUUCCCCAUCCCUUUUAUCCUUUGUUUAUAAGGGUAAUUUUUAAUGCAGGUGUCAAUGUGACAUUCGUUCAAAACAAAAUUGGUUGAUGGUUUGAAUCUAAGGUUGACUCCAGAACAGAGCACCCCAUUUGGUUGGUUUUAUAGUUGCAUGAAAAUGUUAAGAUAGGUAGGAUUUUGUUAAAUGAGUUAUGUGGUAGAUUGGAAUUUUUGUUAAACGAGCAAAAUAGAACAGAUAAUACCACAUAUAAAGAAGUGCUUAUGUGUGUUUUAGAGGAACAAGAUCUGGUAAUUGAAGAACUUGAAGCUUCAGUUUCUGUUUUAGAAAAGUCGGUUGAAGACAGGAAUAAAAAUGAGGGUGGUCAAAAGGUUGAAGAAGGUGUUGGUGGAAGUGGUGUUCGUUGUGAAUUUUGAUCAUCGGUCAUGGAAUUUGGUAAUGACUACAUAACGAUCACCUGAAAAUAAAUAAAAAUUCCAAUCUACCACAUAACUCAUUUAAGAGACUCCUACCAACCUUAAUCUUUUCAUAUAACUCUAAAAACCAAACAAAUAUAAUGCUUUGAAUAAAACACCUCUGUUCCGAAGUCAACCUUAGAUUCAAACCACCAACUAAUUUUGUUUUGAACGAAUGUCGCACAAACACCUACAAUAAAAAUUACCCUUAUAAACAACGGAUAAAAGGAAAGGGAAAAUGACUUUCCAACAAUGAACACAUACCUUGCUGUCAUGACCACAUUCACUAGAUUUCUCCAUUUCACAACACACAACACGAAAAGAGAAAAUGGAAAGGGGUAUCAAAACACAAACCAUCCAAAGGAUAUAGGGGAACGUCGCCACAUUGAAAGUGGUGGAGGAAAGGAGAAAACUUUCCGCCAAUGGUGGACGAAUCGUCAGAAAACAGAGAGAAGAUACACAAACCAGAGAGUAUGCAAGAUUUUGAAAAAGCAAAAUGGGAGAAGCCGCGAAAAAGCAAAAUGGAAGAAGCCGUGAAAUGCAAUUUCAACUAAUUUCUCCUUUCAUGUUAGUUUUUUGGAUUUAAAAAAUAUAUUUCAAAUGAACCAAUGUCCGCCUAAAACGUGACUUUGUGAAAAAAUUGUCAAACUUUAGUCGUUAAAGUAUCAUGAGGAUCCGUAUAUUUUCCUUACACUGUUUCUUUUACUGAUGUAUUUAUAGGAUAAAAGAAGAGGCAAUCAACUUGCCAAAAAAAAAACCCUACCCCUAAAGAUGAUGGGUUCACAUACAUGAAAAGAAUAAUAAAAGGAAAACAUUAAAUAUAAUGUAAAUUAUGUUGAAAUGACUUUUUAUUAAAAUUACAUAUAAUCUUCUAUAAGCUGAAUUUUAAUAUAUAUUUUUUGUCAAAUUGAAAACUAUAAAAAAUAUAAUUUUAAGUAAACUAUACAAAAUUAUAUUUUAUUUAUAUAACUACUAUUUAUAUUACAAAAAUGUUAUAUAAGAUUUUAAAGUUGAGGGAGAAGAUAAUACUAGUAUAUCAUAUUUUGCAAUAAACAAUGCAUUACAUUAGGAUAUGGUGUACGAAAUGAGUCCUUAAGGAUGCAGAAGAGUAUGAACAAGUUUGUAAGUUUGAUUUUUCGGUUACAUGUUG